GUCCCGUCCCGUCCGUCCGUGGUGUGGACCCGCAGGCCCGGCAGCAGCGGCGGGGGGGGAUGAGGGGGUCUCUCCCCUCCACCAUGUCGGGCCGUCUGCUGCUCCUCCUGCUCUGCGCGGCGCUGGCCGGCGAGCUGCGGGCUGAAGGAGGCGUAUUCAUCAAGAAAGAAAGUGCCACCAAGUUCUUGGAAAGAACAAAGCGUGCUAACUCUUUUUGGGAGGAAUUGAAACAAGGGAAUAUUGAAAGGGAAUGCAUUGAGGAGCGCUGCUCAAAAGAAGAAGCAAGAGAAGCCUUUGAAGACUUGGAGAAAACUGAGGAGUUCUGGAACGUCUAUGUAGAUGGGGACCAGUGCAGCUCAAGUCCUUGUCACUAUGGUGGACAUUGUAAAGAUGGAAUUGGUUCCUACACUUGCACGUGCUUGGAUGGUUACCAAGGGAAGAACUGUGAAUUUGUCAUACCAAAGUACUGCAAAAUAAACAAUGGUGACUGUGAGCAGUUCUGCAUCAAAAAAAGUGUACAGAAGGAUGUUCUGUGUUCCUGUGCAAAAGGGUAUACUCUAGCAGAGGAUGGCAAACACUGUGUUUCAACAGUGAAGUAUCCUUGUGGAAAAGUUCUUGUGAAAAGAAAAAAAAGGUCAAUUAUUUUACCCACCGAUAGUAGCAAUGUAACCAGUGAUGAAGAUGGUCCUCCCACAAGUGCAGCAGUUUUGGAGGAGGACAUUGUCCCUACCACAGAAAGCCCAAUCCUCCAACCUGGCAAUGAAACAGGUGGAAAGACUCCCUACGUCAUUACCAGGAUAGUAGGUGGUGAUGAAUGUCAUCUUGGAGAAUGUCCAUGGCAGGCUGUUCUGUUAAAUGAGGAAGGGGAAGAGUUCUGUGGUGGAACUAUUUUGAAUGAAAAAUUUAUACUUACUGCAGCUCAUUGUAUGAACCAAUCCAAAGAAAUCAAAGUCGUUGUUGGUGAAGUGGACAGAGAGAAGAAAGAACAGUCUGAAACGACACAUACCGUGGACAAAAUCCUUAUUCACACCAAAUACAUUGCAGAGACUUAUGAUAAUGACAUAGCCUUGAUAAAGCUGAAGGAACCCAUCACGUUUUCCGAGUACGUGAUCGCAGCGUGCCUCCCAGAAGCAGACUUUGCUAAUGAAGUUCUGAUGAACCAAAGGUCUGGGACAGUCAGUGGCUUCGGGCGGGAAUUCGAAGGUGGACGACUAUCCAAAAAACUGAAAGUGCUUGAAGUCCCCUAUGUAGACAGGAACACUUGCAAGCAGUCCACUAACUUUGCGAUAACAGAAAACAUGUUCUGUGCUGGUUAUGAAACGGAGCAAAAAGAUGCUUGUCAAGGAGACAGUGGAGGCCCCCAUGUAACCAGAUAUAAGGAUACUUAUUUUGUUACUGGAAUUGUUAGCUGGGGAGAAGGAUGUGCAAGAAAGGGUAAAUAUGGUGUCUAUACCAAAAUGUCCAGGUUCUUACGCUGGGUAAGAAUGGCCAUGAGACAAAAUUUAUAGUGGCGUGGCUCUUGAUCUUUCUGUUAUCUAACAAGAUGCAGUUUCUGUAAUGGAAACUUUAUUCUUUUUUUUUUUAUCCACAUCUGCUAAACUUGUUUUGAGAUCUGAUUCCUUAAGGUUAUGGUGCUGCUUCUCUUUAUUUUAUUCCUGGCUUUCAGCAUGUAUAUGCAGACUGCUGAUGCUGUUUUGAAUUUGUAAAAGGAGGGGCUUUCCCUAAACAAAAUGGCUGCUCGGUGGGGUCUUUUGUUUGCUUGUUUGGUUAUUUUUAUAUUGCCAUUUUGAUUCCUGUCAUUUGUCCAAGUACUUUCACCAGAGGCUCCUGGACAUAAUCUGAGCCUCCACUGAUCAUGAUGAAAGUGGAAAGGACAGGAUUUCAGUUAAUCCUCCUAUUGCAGCCAGCUGGCUCAGUAGGGAGUUUCUUAUUACUAGAGCUGUUUAGCUUCUACCUGCAGAUAUAUUUAGAAGAUUAUGGGAGUAGGGAAUCUUGCCUCAUAAAAGCUGAGACCCAAGGAAGUAUUCAACAUCUGAUAAAUAAAACACAUUUAGCACACAUGCUAAAUAAAACACAUGUUCCACAAAAUUGCCCGCUUGGGUCACAGCAGCUAAUUAAAAUGGAGUUUUGCUUUAUAGGGAUUGUACUUCAGUUUAACACUUCUCUUCAUCAGAAAGAAAAAAAUGUAUGUGCAUGCUCACUGUUUUCUGUAUCAUGUUUUGGACUGUGUAUGGCUGAGGAUCAGAAAGCUCCUUGCAUGUGUACUUGUUCUAAGUGUUUCUGUAAAGUGCAAUACUGAUGUACACCAGCAUAUGAAAUAAAACAUUCUUUCUUUUUUUGUUCCUUUUU